CUGAAUUAUACAUAUAUUCAACUACACUUUUACAUCCUAAAAUGAGCUAAAUUGUACUAAGUUCAUUCGAUUUCCCGAUUUUACGCUUGGUUUUGUGUUUAAGUGAUGUUUUAGGUUAUUCCAUCCAAUUAGAAGAAAGAAUGAACUAAUUUGGUGCUCGGAUGAUACAAAGAUGGUUAGGGUUCAAAAUCUAACGUCGGUGGAAAUCGUGCCCGUGACGUCCCGGGCGAGGUCAACGAGCCAUACUGCUCCAGCCGCGUCCCCUUUUGGUGUCAACAUACGAAACCCAUCCCGUAUUAUAGUGACGAAUCAAAAAUAGAGGUGAUUGACAAUGCAGAGUCAAAUCGCAAACUGCAAAGUCAAAUUGCCCCUGCUAAACGGAAGGAAAAGCUGUCAAAAGGGCCAACGUGGGAAUCAACAUGACCACGUUAACAGACCACGUCAACAUCAACACACCCUGCAACAUGGCCACGUUGAAGACCACGUCCGCAAAAGUAAAAAAGCUUUCAAAAGGUCAAAGUGGGCAAUAACAUGGCCAUGUUCAAGACCACAACAACAUCAAAACACCCUGCAACAUGGCCACGUUAACAGACCGUAUCAACAAAAGUAAAGAAAAAAGCUUUCAAUGGGUCAACGUGGGCGGCAACAUUGCCAUGUUCGAGACCACGUCAAGAUCAACACACCCAGCAACAUGGCCACGCUGAAGACCACAUCAAUAAAAGUCAAGGAGCUCUCAACGGUUCAUGGAAAACAACAUGGCCAUGUCCAAGACUACGUCCACAUGAACACACCCUUCAACACGACCAUGUUGAAGACCACGUCAAGAGAAGUCAAGAAGCUGUCAAAGGUUCAACGUGGGCAUCAACAAUGCUGUGUUGCAGGCCGUGUUCACUGUCAGAAACACGGCUUGGGAACAUUACAUUGACAAUUUUUGCACAAUUUAAGAGAGCAACUAACAGUUUCGUCCACCUACUAGUCAACACGGCCUGGAACACGACCGUGUUCUCUGACCACGGUGAGUAAAAAUUCAGCCAAUCAAUCUAUGCAAUGCUGAGACAUCAAUCUGGUGUCCAGCUGUGUAUACGGCCUGGAACACGGUGGCAUUCCCAGACCACGUUAGAGCUGUUGCUGCCUAUAAAUAGAAGCUUGAAAG